CUGAACAUUCUGCGCAACCUCCUACUGGCCUUAAAAAUCUCAAAUAUGCUGAGUCACUGUUUUGAGUUUUUACAAAUGGUGGGUCGGAUUAUUCUUAGAGUUCUAGGACGCAUUGAGCAACAUAAGGGAGGUAAGAAAAAAAUUAAAAUCUCCAUAGCUCAUUGUUGGAGAACUGCAACAAGACAUGGCAUCUAGACUCAAGAGGUCACGAGACUACAUGACAACCAUUUGACUCUAUCUAUGCUAAAGAUAGGGUCAAAGAUAGGUUAUAUUUUAUAUAGAUGCAGUCCUAAUAACUUUAUGCUUCCCCAUAUCUCCUUUAAAUGCACCAGAUUUGCUUGUUUGAACUAUGAUACCAUUCCAGUUGACGGAGACAGCUGAAAUCGAGAAAGGUAAUGGGCAUGUACUGAAGCUAUGUUUAGAAUCCCCUCUGUCCCCGAUACCUUUAAGAAAAGCGGGAGGACAGACCAACAGCAGAAGCUGGACGGGUGAUACUGUAAACAGACUUCUGAAAUAAAAGAUACAGCAUCAGAAACACUUUGACAAAGAACACAAUCAAGUCUUUCUCUCUUCAAAGGACCAAAAACAGCAAGAUAUGGCUACAGCCGCCAGCAUUCUGUCCAAGGAGCAUCUCCUUUGCCCCAUCUGUCUGGAUGUGUUUAACCAGCCAGUCUCCACUCCGUGCGGGCACAACUUCUGUCGUGACUGCAUCCAGAGAUACUGGCAGAGUACCAAUCCGCCACAAUGCCCCAUGUGUAAACACAAGCUGUACAAGAGGCCUGACCUCAAAGUCAACACCUUCAUAUCCGAGCUGGCUGCUCAAUUUAAAGACCAUGGGGAAAUGAAGUACAAAGACAAGCUCAGAAGUAUGGAAAUGUCAGGCCACAAGGGGGAAGUUGCUUGUGAUGUGUGUAUUGGUAAACGGGUGAAAGCUUUUAAAACCUGUCUGGAAUGUUUGGCUUCAUUUUGCCAGACACAUCUGGAGCCCCACCACGUUCUAGGCACCCUCAAGAAACACACCCUGAUCAACCCAAUUAUGAACAUGCGAGACAGAUUGUGUAAGAAACACGAGAGCCUCCUGAACCUGUUCUGCCACACAGACCAGAUGUACGUGUGCCAGGUCUGUGUUGAGGAUGACCACAAGGCACAUCGUAUGGCUCCUAUAAAGCAUGAAAGCCAAGACAGGAGAGAUCAGAUCAGAAGUAUGAACAUGGAAGUGCAAGAAGACAUCCACAGUAGGCUAGAGAAAACGUGUGAGAUCGGUCAAGCUGUUGAGUUUAGCAAAAGAAACACUGAACAAGAGGUUGAAGAGAGUUUUCUGGUCUUCAACAAACUGCUUCAAGUUGUUAAGACAGUCCAAGCUGACGUGGCUGAGGCUAUCUUAGCAAAGCAGAGGUGUGUCGAAAGCAGGGCUAGUGAGAUGACAUUGGAUCUUGAGCAAGAGAUUAAUCAGCUGACAAACAGGAGCACUGAUUUGGAGCUGCUCUCACAGACAAAUGAUGAUCUUUACCUUCUCCAGAGCUUUCCGGCUUUCUCCACUAAGCUGCCCAUCAAAGACUGGUCUGGGAUUUGGGUAGAAAGUGCAGUCUAUGUGGGAACAGUGAGAAGGGCACUCAGGAGAGCAGAAUCACAGCUUGAGGAAACCAUCAAGGCAGAGGUAAAGAGGCUUUGCAAGGUUGAAUUUGAGCGAGUAAAAGCCUACGCUGUGGAUGUGACGCUGGAUCCAGACACAGCUCACCCCAAACUCGUUCUUUCAGAAAACCGGAAGCAGGUCUAUCACAGCGAUGUGGCUGUGAACCUCCCUGACAAUCCAGCAAGAUUUUACCCUUGUGUUAGUGUCUUGGGGAAGGAGGGCUUCUGCUUCGGGAGGUUCUCCUAUGAGGUUCAGGUGAAAGGGAAGACAGAGUGGGAUAUCGGAGUGGGACUCGAGUCGGUCAAUAGAAAAGGAGGGAAUCUGCUGAACCCUGAAAGAGGCUACUGGAGUCUGGGAAUGAGGGAGGAUGAGAGUUACUGGGCACUCAGCAGUCCUCCUGUUAGACUGCCACUGGUGGAAAAGCCCCAGGCAGUCCUGGUGUACGUGGACAUGGAAGUGGGGCAGGUUUCAUUUUACAACUCAGACUCUCACUCUCAUAUCUACACGUACACUGGAUACACUUUCAGUGAGAGACUUUUCCCCUACUUCAACCCGCGAAGGAAUCACAGUGGGGUCAAUUCAGCACCUCUCCUUAUCCUGCCUUUGAAUAUCUAAAUUUUCACUAUGUACUAUCUUUUAUGAUGCUUUCAGAUGUUUCAGCAAACUUUAUUACUGAUUAAAGUUAAAGUAAUAGUUCCACAUCUGUUUUGUAAUGCUUGAUGCUUUUUUUCCCUGCAAUAAAAUUCUGCCUUAUGAA